AUGGCAUCUUCAGGCUCAGCAGGACAGUCCGGCUUCAGGCUCGGGCGUGGGAAGAAAAACCCUGGAGUGAUGGAUCAGAUUGGAAAAUUCUUCGGAGGAGAUAAGAAGCGGAAGAGCAAGGGCUCUUUCCGUGGUGCUCUCUCUGUUUCCCCUCAGAGGUCAAGUCACUCAUCUCCUCGUCGCCGCACUGGUGGCGACAAUGCUGUCGUUCACUUCUUCAGAUCUAUCGUGUCUCCUGCUCCUAAAAAAUCUAGGUGGCAUUCUUUCACAUCUAAACUAGGCAUGGGGGAUCAGAAGGGACAUGGCUCAGUGAAGGCGCAAAAAGGGCGUGCAGGAGACGGACAGGGCACGCUGACCCGCAUCUUCAAAAUGGGAGGAACCAGAGCAGCAUCUCCGGCCAAACGCUGAGUUCCAGCUCUUUUAUUAUUCUCCAUUAAAAAUGAUGACCCUGAACGGAGAGAAAGAAAAGAAGACGGAAGCUUUUUAUUUCUCCACUUACACCUUUUUCUUGUUGGUGUCUCCUGCACUAACCUGAACAAGAUCAUGCUUGUCCUCUCUGUUGGUUCAUAUAUUUAUUUAUGUCUAUUUCUCUGUUCAUUGAGUUCAGCGUGGUCAGAUCCUCCGCUACCGUCCCUUGGUAUGUCUCUCCCUGUCUUUUGAGUUUUUGGAGAACAUGAGGCACUGAGAACCUUUUGAGGAAAGCUUUCUGAUUAGGAUUAGAAACUAACAAUUAGGGCAUUAUAUCGCUGAGGAUAAAAUUAUGACUGGUUUAAUAAGUUUAUUCUUGUUAUAUUGUCAGAUUGUGAAAUUAUUAGCUAAUUGCAAAGGCUUGUUUAAUACACAGUGAGCUAGCUAGCUAGUCUAGCUCAUCAUGGUAGCUAGGACUUUCUAGUUACAGAUGAGCUAACUUAGCAUGCAAGCUGAGUGUCAAAAAAUCUUGCUAAGUCACAUGAUGACAAAAAAUUACCUCAAAAGGUUGUAGUGCAUCAUUUAUAUUACUGAAUAUUAGUCUUGUGGCACUGUCUUUGUCUCAGGAGUCAAUGUGGCUAGCAUUUGGCAUUUAACAGCUUAUUUAUCUUAUGUAGUUUCUUCAUAGCUUCGUGCAGUCUCGUCUCAAACUCGCUCUUCCUUACUGUGUCAGUGGAUCUGACUGCAAAUUGUAGCGCUAAAAAGUGCAAAGUAACAGAAAUGUCGUCUCUUGUUGAUUUUCAGUCACAGGGUUUCUAAACUUUUGUUCAUGUUUAGUCACUGCAUCUGCCAUUCUCUCUCUCUCUGUCUCUCUCUGUCUCUCUCUCUCUGUCUCUCUCUCUGUCUCGCACCUCUUUGGCCUUCAACUACUUCUUUAAGCUUUACAAAUAAAACCAACCCCCAAAUAAGACAUGGACACAGCUAGCAUAAAAAAGCCAUAGAUACAGUAUUAUGCAUGUGUUUGUCAGUUAGACUGCUAAUGGAGUGAAGGGAAUCAUUAAAAUGCAAAUAAAGGAGACAUAUAUGUGUCA